GUUUUCUCCACACUGUUCCGAGUUGUGCGAGUGAUCAUUGUAGAAUUACAGAAAAUGACCGGGUUCACUUUUUGCUACUGGCGGUAAACAAAUAACCUCUUCGUAAGAACAUAAUAAAAUGCCGAUUAGUGUUGCGUUUAAUGUUUAUUGUUAAUCAAGUGAUCGUGUUGUGUUGUCAAUAAGGUUGACGAAUUUUUAUUUGAACAUCCAUUGGCCUUGGCAUGUCUCCAAAUUCAAAAGGAUUGUUCCAUUAUAAUCUUUUCGUCGUUUUGUUUGUAAAGAAUUUAAAAUAUUUAUCACUUAGACUAGACAUAUUAUUACAUUAGCAAAUCUGGAUGUAAAACGCAUAAAAAAAAAGGGCAUCAUGAUCAAUGCUUCGGAUCCUGUGGAAUACCUUCCAAAUGGACAUUCAGUUGUUAAAAAUCAUCCUGAAUCCAAGAAAAAUGAGUCUUAUAAAUAUCAUGAUUUAUUUCAAUCAAUUAUUUCUGAAAAGUUGAAAAAUUUAGAUGUCGGAUCAAAAUCUUCUAAAGAGUUUUGGAUAUUACGAGAUAAUGAUGAUCAUUUGGAAGAGGAACUGUACUGUUCAGGAAAAUUGGCUGUUCUUAGUAAAGGAGGCUCUGUAGAAAAUACAAAGCAAAUAUCAUAUUGUUGUGAGACGGACAUUGUUCAUGCUCUUUGGUGCUCUUUUCACAAUGAAGAUAAAAACAGAGUUAUAAGAGGAAAACCUAAAAACCCUGAAGCAUGGAAAAAAGAAAAAAUUGAUUGCAUUUGCCUGUUUGAUGCAUAUACUUUAAAAGUAUUUACUGAGACAGGUGAAAAUCAUAUUUCAAGUUUGCAAUUCAAGGUUUCUGCAGUAUGGGCUACAAAAUAUGGUCUUAUACUUGAAAAGUCUUCUCAACCCUCUUAUACUUAUGGUAGUACAAUAGACAAUAUAAAAAAUAUUUCAACUACUGAAGAUGCCAUUGCCCCUACAGUUUAUUCUUUGACCCACCCAUUAGAUGAUUUUUGUCCUGUGUUAAUAAAACAAGGAACUACAUCAUUGACUUGGGAUCCUAGUUUGAAGAUACUAUUUACUAAUGAAGAACCUUCGUUUGCCUUUGUAUAUGAUUCUAAAACCACUUUACAUUCUAUUUAUAAAAUAAGGCAAGCCACGAGUGAAGAAUGUCAAUUAAUUAACGCAAGUGCUGAUAAUACAUCUCUAGUCUUCAAUUCUGUAUUUUCACCUUCACUUCAUCAUGCCAGUAGUUCUGCAAUGGGUAUCAAAGGAAGUACCAGUAGAACAUUUUUCAGUACGCUUGGUACUUCUGGUAGCCCAUUCCAAUCUCGUGCCAAUUCAUAUGCGACAAGUUGCUCUGCAAAUAUUUCAAUGUCAUCACAACAUCUGUCAAAAUCACAAAGUCCAAUGGCAACAAUUUCACGUUGUCAAUCCCCGACGAAUCCAAUAUUUUCCACCAUGAGUGGGACGCCAGUUUUCAGUAAUCUCAGUAAAUCACAUCAAACGUUAUUAGCCUAUUCGAUGGGUAAAUCAGAUCGUAAUAACGUCUUCUCUACGAGUAGGACAAUAAAUGCAUUUUCUCAAUUCUCGCAGUGCUCGGUAGCAGGAAUGAUAGUGCCAGAAUUAUGCUUGGAGCACGUUUGGACGGAAAAUAUAAAUCAACUUAAAGAUACUAAUAUUGAACAUGCUUCGAGGGUAUUCCUCACUACAGAUCUCAUUGGUCAAGUUUACUUUUGUUACGUUUUAACGAAUCAGUAUCGUUUGUGUCUUGUAAGGCUAGAAAAAUCUCACGACCCUGGGAGAAUAAUUUUGGGAAUGGUUACGACAAUCACAGCAAAGGAUGCAAUCAAUUUACCUAAACUGAACAUGAUGGCCGUGAUGGAGCUGAACGGAAACAUAACGAUCUACUCGGGAUCGUCGUACGUCGGUAAGCUUCAUAUACCGAGUGUACUUCCAAGCAUCGUAGGUCCGAGCUUCGCGUUGCCUCACUUUUACGAUCGCGAGAUCAUGUCUCCUUACCCGAAAAGAAGUUCUCUCAUAUUGACAGCGGCCACAUCCUCGCCGGACAUCAAGUUCGACGACGGAGUACAUCUCUUGAGUCCAGUGGGUGAGGGACGAGGGGCGAGGGACCAUCUAAUCGACAAUUCCCUAAUCGACGGACCCACUUAUUUAAAAAGUGCUGUCGGUAACAAAUUGGUUCUAGAAUACGGCUACAGCAAUUAUUACAAAGUCACUCUGCCGACUUUGAAGGCGUCUCCUCUCGUCUCCAUGUGUCUGAAGACUCUUCGUAACAUCCUGCCGCGCGACCUGGCCACUCAGUUGCUGGUCAAAUGGUAUGUGGCCCGUAAUGCGCCCGGUCCUCAGGAUCUUACAGUCAAUCAGGAAUGGAAGUUGUUCCUUAUUAUUUUCUUCACGCUGUUCGGCUAUGACAUCAACAAACUGCCGAUAACGACGAGUGACGGCGAUCUCACGACGGAACACUGCAGUCCCGUGAUAGUUUCGAAGAAGCAGAAGACCACGAAUAAUGGCUCGACCGACGAUUGGAACUAUCUCAUGGGCGCCGAGGUAACCGGCCAAGUUCAGAAUUAUCUGACCGAUUCCUUGGGCCUGACCAAGUGGCAGCGGAAAAACGAUAAUUGCGACUUUGUGAGCGUAAGCGAUCACAAGGACGAGGCCCAGAGGACCAAAAUCAAUCUCCAAUCUCCUUUCGUAGUGCACCUGCCUCAAGUGCUGUUCGCUUUGCACUUACUCUACGAGGAGCUUAAACUCAACAGUGCCAUGUCGGAGAGUUUGCUUCUAUUGGCGAAAUUAUUACACCAGCUGUGUACCGAUCUAAAUCUCAAAUCUUAUAGAUUGCACUACUUCGCCGAUUUUCCAAUACUUGGAAAAAAUAGGUCGGAAUUCCAAAUUGCCGAGCACGACACCGGCAAAAUCAUCAUUCCGAAUUUCAUAGCGUCUCACACGCCGGACAUAUUUAGAACUUUGUACAAUUUACUCUGCGAAUCGGACACGUCGUAUCCGUAUCCAUAUUUGCCGAACGUCAAUCCUAUGAGCAAAAAUUUGGUUCAGGUGUUCGCUCUGUUGACCGAAUGCAAGAAAGAUUAUUUGUUGGAAUUAGAUAAUUUCUUCAAAGUUGUAAGUCAAACCCAUCAAGCUGAAAGACUAUUUGCGCCAAAAAGUAAGAAAGAACUCAUGGAAGACGUCAUGAUGCAUUGCUAUAAAACAGGAAUCGACAAAAAUGAAUUGGAUAAUUUACCAGCGGGUAUCAAUUACAUCUUCAACAGCAUCUUAUACUUCUGCCGAGAAAAUCCACCGACCAAUUGGCCAUCAAGCGUUUACGAGCUGAUCGAUCGACAAGAUUUAGCCGCUUUGGAGCAGAAAGUCGCUGGCAAGGAUUAUCUCGAGAAUGAAGAGAAUAAGUACAUACAACGGGAUCGCAAUCACGAUGACAAAGAUUUGAAUGAUGGCAUGGAACUCGAUUAUACCAUAUUGCGGUUGAGGUUUAACGUUGACUAUCGAGUACGUGAAGUGCGCCAAUGCCUCGACUCCUCAGAACCCAUACCAAUCACCAUCACCCAGAGGCCAGAAGUGAGCGAUCACGAGUUCAUCGAGGAGCAAGAGAGAUACCUUCACUCGCUGUGCACGAGGACGAUGGCUUUGCCGAUCGGCCGCGGUAUUUUCACUAUGAGAUCGUCGAUGCCGGUGAAUACUGAGCAGCUGCCGAUCCCCAGGCUGUGCCUCACCGGUAAAGCACCGCCUCGUGGCACGACCGUCGAGUUAACACACAUCGACGUGCCGAGCAAUAUGAACACUUGGCCGCUGUUUCACAAUGGCCUCGCCACCGGUCUCUGUAUUCAUCCGUCGGCCAAAAAUGUCGACUCCACCUGGAUCGUGUAUAACAAACAGCAGCAGGGCGAAUUCGGCAUCGAGCACUCGGGUUUCCUCAUGGCUCUUGGCCUGAACGGACAUCUCAAGAAUUUAGCUCCGUUCAGUAUGUACGAGUAUUUGGUCGAGUGUCAUGAGACCACGAGUGUAGGCCUGCUGCUGGGCCUCUCCGCCACGCAUAGAUCGUCGAUGGACGUAUCGAUGACAAAAUUAUUAUCCUUGCACGUCGAAACCCUUCUGCCACCCACGAGCAUAGAAUUGAACGUUCAGCAAAACGUCCAGGUCGCCGCUCUCAUGGGAGUGGGUUUGGUUUAUCAAGGAACUAAUCACCGUCACAUAUCGCAUGCCUUGCUAGCUGAGAUCGGACGGCCACCAGGUCCCGAGAUGAAAAAUUGCGUCGACAGAGAGUCUUACUCCCUUACAGCCGGCAUGGCUCUGGGAUUAGUGGUGCUAGGUUCCGGAGGAGGUUCCGAUUUAGCCAGCAUACCCGACACCCUGCAUUACUACAUGGUCGGUGGCAAUACGAGACCUUUCGUCGGGGCUCAAAGAGACAAAUACAAAUCUCCAAGCUAUCAGAUACGAGAGGGAGACUCCAUAAACAUCGACGUUACCAGUCCUGGAGCGACGAUUGCUCUUGGCUUUAUGUACAUGAAAACGGGAAAUCACGCUGUAGCCGAAUGGAUGGCUGCACCUAACACCCAAUAUUUACUGGACUUCGUGCGGCCUGAUCUGCUGAUGCUUCGCAUCCUUGCAAAGUCUCUCAUAUUGUGGGAUGAUAUUGAGCCGUCGAGGACUUGGGCCUCGAGUCACGUGCCGGAAAUUGUUGCCAAAUACAAAAUGAUGAAACCUAGCGCAGAAAUCACUGAGUUUGUAGAUUUGGAAACGAUAAAUGACGAUUCUUUUGAAAUGUUUGAUGUUGAAUCUAUGUUUGACAGUCAAGCCUAUUGCAACAUAAUUGCCGGAGCCUGCAUGGCCAUGGGCUUGAAGUAUGCUGGCACAGAGAAUCAGCAUGCCUUCAACACAUUGUUUCAUUUCCUAAAAUCGUUUAUGAAUCUGACAACAAAAUCAGUCGCUGAACUAGCUGGAAAAGCCACCAUCGAGACGUGUACUUGCGUAGUCCUAUUAGCCGUGUCGAUUGUCAUGGCUGGUACGGGGAAUUUAGAGAUCUUGAGAGUAUGCAGGUACCUUCGUACUCGAGUCGGCCCGAGUAACAGCGUUGUCACUUACGGAUCUCAGGUGGCCUAUCACAUGGCGCUUGGAUUUUUAUUCCUCGGCGGAGGCUGCUACAAUCUGCGCAAUGAUCCGGCCUCGGUCGCGGCUUUGGUCAUAGCUCUGUUCCCGAAAUUUCCAACACACAGCAACGACAACAGAUAUCACUUGCAAGCUCUGCGUCACUUUUACGUGCUGGCCACCGAGCCACGGUUGCUCCUGCCCAAAGACAUCGACAGCGAGGCGUACUGUUUUGCUCAAAUGAAAUUGACCUUCGCCGGUGAUGGCUUCCAAAAAGGGCCCGAAGUGAUAGUAAAAGCGCCGUGUAUGUUGCCGCAGCUCGACAGUCUGCUGAAAGUCGAGCUGGAUGACGACCGAUACUGGAAGAUAACGUUCGACAGGGAUCGUAAUUUCGAUCAGUUGAAGAAAAUUCUGAACGCCAACUGCUCGCUGUACGUUAAACAAAAAGCUGGCUGUCUUUCGCACAUGGAGGAUCCACAAGGUUUCCGUACACUCUUGGCACAGACGUUGACAACCGACGACGUCAUCAUUUGGACGGCGUCGCCCAAGCAGAUAACUUCCUUCACCUCCAACUCGAUCAUACUGAACUUCGUCAAUAGCUUCUUGAAGAAAGUCGAUCAGCCCUGCGACGAAGAGUGCGACGAUUACUGCGUCGAACCGGUGCACCACAGUCUCACAGAGCUUUGCUUCGGCGCGCCGAAAAACGGUAACCGAGACAUCAAGGAAAUCCGAGUUCAAAUGUCGGAUAUGGAGCACAAUUUCCUGCAACAAUUGACGAACAUAGCUUACGAAUGCGUCGUCAGGGAUAAGGUAUCGUUUAUACCGCUCUGGCUGAGCAUUCAAAAAUUACUGGUGACUUUGGAAAAGCAGCCAAAAGGCACGUCCGUCUGGCAGAUCAAGUUCUUGACUCCUCGAAAGCUUCAUCAAGAUUUUCCGGCAACGUUCGAGAAACUGCUGAAUAUGGAAAAUAUUAUUGCCAAUAAUCAAAGACUGAACUUCAUUAUGGAUUCAUGGGAAGGAGAAUUGUCAACGAUUUUACAUCAAUUCUCCGAGAGCAACUCAAUCAUAGCCAGAACACUUGAUUUCGACAGAUUCCACAGUUACAUGCUUAAUUACAACAUUCCCAAAAACUUAAAUGAUCUAAUUUUAGAAGAUGAUGAAGAAAAUAUUUUCACCGAAGCCAUGUCUUGCAGAAAUAAGACUGGAAUGUGUACGCUGUAUAAUUUAUUCAACGGAGAGAAGUUUUGAAUGCAUAUAUGUAAUUAUAUUUGUAAUAUAAAUUUAU